AUGCCCCUACCAGGAUCAAUGCUGGGAAAGUCGAGGCAGCCAGGAGCAGCCUUCCUGGCUGCUGUGGCGCUGCUUUGCUGGUCCUGGACGUUUGGGAGGUCUGAGCCAAACUUCGUGUCCACGGGAUUCCAGAUAUCUAGCCGAGGUAUGCCAGCUGUUCAGCCAAGUCAAGCACCACUGCGAACUGGAGCUUCCUACGAGGCGUCAGCCGCUCUCAGCGUCAGCCGCUCCUUUGCCUGGGCGGGGUCGCUGGCCGCUGCUGCCGUGCUGCUGGCACAGACCAGGCAUCGUGCGCCUAGCAAGAGCCAGUCGCCUGGCCCGCGGGUGGUCAUGCAUGCCAGGUCAGCCAGACCCACCACCCCGGCUGGCAGCCCCAAGAACAAGCGACGGAUCCGGGCAGGAAGGAUGAGGCCCAUCUACAAAGGCAGGCAGCUUGCCGUUCGGGUUAACCCCAAGACCAACAAGCCUGUGCGGUACAAGAUGCACGUCAUGCCGGGCGACACCGUCCAGGUCAUGAAGGGCAAGGACGCGGGUAAGGUGACCGAAGUGCUGAGAAUCUACCCCAAGUGGAACAAGAUCCUCUGUCUGGGCGUCAACUAUUGCAUCAAGCAUGUGAGGCCGCAGCGCGAAGAUGAAGUGGGCCAGCGCGUACAGGUCGAAGCCCCUAUGCACUCGUCAUGGGUCAUGCACUAUGACGAAGACGAGGAGGUAGCUGGCUUGCUGGGUGUGCGAUUCAAAAAGAAACCCCUCAAGGACGGCACAGAGAUUGUGAAGAAAGUGCGGUACAACAAGUCCACUGGGAACGAGAUCCCCGUCAGGGCACCGUCGAAGUGGAUUCCUGUUCUCGACCGCGUGGAGGAUGAAGACUGA